CUGCGCAUGCGCGGUUGCUGCGUGGCCCUCGGCGGUCGCAAGGGGAGUUCAAGGAGACGGGGGCGACGCGGCUGUGGCUGCCUCGCCGGGGUCGGGGUUACCGACAUCAUGCCGGGAAUAGUGGAGCUGCCUACUCUGGAGGAACUGAAAGUGCAGGAGGUGAAAGUCAGCUCUGCUGUGCUGAAAGCCGCGGCCCACCACUACGGAGCUCAGUGCGACAAGGCCAACAAGGAGUUCAUGCUGUGCCGCUGGGAGGAGAAGGACCCGCGGCGCUGCCUCGAGGAGGGCAAGCUUGUCAACAAGUGCGCCCUGGACUUCUUCAGGCAGAUAAAGCGUCACUGUGCAGAACCUUUUACGGAGUACUGGACCUGCAUCGAUUAUUCCGGCCUGCAGCUCUUUCGGCGCUGCCGCAAACAGCAGGCAAAGUUCGACCAGUGUGUGCUGGACAAGCUGGGCUGGGUGCGGCCUGACCUGGGAGAGCUGUCCAAGGUCACCAAAGUGAAGACAGACCGCCCCUUACCGGAGAACCCCUAUCACUCGAGACCACGGCCCGAGCCCAACCCGGAGGUGGAAGGAGACCUGAAGCCUGCCAAGCACGGCAGCCGCCUGUACUUCUGGACCAUGUGAAGGCGGUCCACGGCCCACACUCGGUCCCGCGCCCGGACGACGACGGGGUCCUCACCCGCGGUUUGCGUCCGCCGAGGGCGUUCUCUCCGGGGUCACACGCAGUAACAAAGAGUCCGUUUAUGUGACUUGGCAGUUAUUCUAUACCAUUUCCUGGCCAUUAAAAAGUUUGAAGGAAA